CAGUGAAUUUAUUGUCGCACCGCAGCGCCCCCUGGUGUCCGUCCGUAGGCUCUGCUUCCUCCGGAUUGGCUGAGCGGUUGUCAGGAGUGUUUACAACAAACAUGGCUUCCCUGUCUGUUGGAGAGCCUCAAGAAAUGGAAGUGGACCGAAGGUGCGAGUCCGAGGAGUCUGGUGAUGAUGAGACCAGGAGGAAGAGUAUCAAUGGCGAUGCGGACCCCAAUCAGCCCACUUCCGCAAGUAAAGAAGAGUCUCCUGUUGACAUGGACACUAUAACCUUGGACCCAGAGGAGGAGGAUGUUGAUCUUGUUCAUUGUCGCAUUGGAAAGAUUGAAGGACUAGAGGUGCUACAAAAGGCUAAAACACUCUCCUUACGACAGAAUCUCAUCAAAAAGAUAGAAAACCUUGAAAGUUUGUGCUCACUGCGGGAAUUAGAUCUAUAUGACAAUCAGAUUCGCAAGCUUGAGAACCUGCAAAACCUGACAGAGUUGGAACAGCUUGACGUGUCCUUCAACAUUUUGAGAAAGGUGGAGGGCUUGGAGCAGAUGACUCGUAUGAAGAAACUUUUUCUGCUUCACAAUAAAAUUAGCAGCAUUGCCAACCUUGAAGACCUCACAGGCCUGGAGAUGCUGGAGCUGGGUUCCAAUCGCAUCAGGGUCAUUGAGAAUUUGGAUUCUCUGACAUCAUUGCAAAGUUUGUUUCUUGGUACCAAUAAAAUAACUAAGCUUCAGAAUUUGGAUGCUUUACACAAUCUGUCUGUCCUAAGCAUUCAGAGUAACAGGAUUACUAAAAUUGAGGGUCUACAAAACCUUGUCAACCUGCGAGAGCUCUAUCUCAGUCACAAUGGCAUUGAGGUCAUCGAGGGCUUGGAAAACAACAAAAAGCUGACCACGCUGGACAUUGCAGCAAAUCGAGUAAAGAAAAUUGAAAAUAUCAGCCAUUUGACAGAGCUGCAGGAGUUCUGGAUGAACGAUAACCAGAUAGAUAACUGGUCAGAUCUGGAUGAGCUAAAGAAUGCCAAGACUCUGGAGACGGUGUAUCUUGAGAGAAAUCCGCUGCAGAAGGAUCCCCAGUACCGGCGAAAGAUCAUGCUGGCGUUGCCCAGCGUGCGCCAGAUUGACGCUACCUUUAUCCGCUUCUAAACUGUAGUAUACAACUUCAUGAUUUUGGCCGUUGCCUCCCUCCCUGCCUGCUCCAUCUACAAAAACACAUCAUUUUGAAACGCACUGGCCUCACACAGGUUCAAAGAAGCUACUUCAAACACAAGUAUACAUUCCAGCAUUGAACUCACUCAUUGGUCACUCAACAUACAUGUAUGCAUGUGUGCACCCAUUAACACAUUCAUCUGUGCUGUUGUGUGGAAGCUUGCUUAUUUAUUAAGCUGGAUAUGAACUGUGAAAUAGUAUCAAAAUCUACUCGUCACCCACCCACUUUUUCAUUUUUUGCAUGUUGGACACAGUAUGGAGAUGUGUUCUUUCUUUAGAUCAGCAAAAUAAGAUCAGUCCUGAUGAUCACACUGCUAAAGUUGCACUGCAGAUGUAUGAGAGGAACAUUUUGUUGUUAAACUAUGAUGGGGUUUAUUUACAUUAUUCCUUUUAGUUGUGCAGGAUCAGACUGUUCACACAGAGAACAGUGUUGAUUAAAUGAACAAAUGAACCUCAAUAAUAAAAGGGAAAUCCACACCAGAUUCUAAUUUCCAUAUAGAAAGACAUUAAUGUUCCAUCCUUCAAGUGUUUUAAACUAGGAGCAAACCGUUGCAGUAACAGAAAGAUCUACAGUUUAUCAACAUGGUACUUGCACUCUGUGUUUUUAAAGAAAACAUAUCCUUUACAUUAUAACCAGAUGAGUCAAUUUAUUAAACUGGUCCUCUUUCUGAUAAAGGGCAGGUUGUGAUUUUCCGCAGCCUUGUCUAUUUCUUGCCUGAAUAUUUUACAGAUUGUAGGUCAGUUCUUCUUUACAAGUCACCUCUGCAGUAAAAUAAAGUUAAAGCGAAUGUAAAAUCUUUUAAUGUGUCCAUAAUUAGUUAGUUAGUUAGUUUCUGUAAUCUAACUUUUACUACUUUUUUUUAAUGAGAAGAAUUGAUAGGUUUCAUUUGGUUUGAUUAACUACAGUAAAUGUACAUUCUUUCUGAAGUAAGUUUACCUAGUAAUAAUGGAAAUGGUCAAACAGAAGAUAAUGAAUUAUGUAGGAUAAUUAACAUCAAGAUUUUGACACAGACCGUUUUUAAACUGAGAUGUUAAAUGGUUAGAUGUGUCACUACAUGACAGUCUGACAUUUUCAUUCAGCCUCCAGAGCGGCUUAAAUAGAAAUGUAGGUCUUCAUUGGCUAUAGCUCGACCACAAACAUGGCCACCCUGAACUCAUGUAAAGGGGAAUACCUUUUUUUGUAUAUAAUGCUUCAGUGAGGUUAGUUUACUCCCUGUUAAAUUCAAUAAGUCGAAAUUCUUACUCAGGGAGAAAGGAUACAUGUCAACACAGUAUAGAUGCAUCAGACAUAAUCGGCUUAAGAUAAAUUAAGUGCUCUCUGUACAAUCUAAGAAAAUAAAGUAAAUUAAUUAUUUUCAUUGAGCCUUCCUUAACACCUUGUAAAAGAGUGAUAAUACUGAUUCAUUGUUUGUUAGACAAUAACAGCAUCACAUCCUGUUUUGUAUAACAAAAUAUCUGUACUGUAUUUUUACAUGACAGUGUAAUCUUUACAAAAGAAACAACUUGAUACUAUAGACUAGAAGUCUUUUAAUUCCACUUGGUAAUGUGACCUUUACUAUGAGGUGCAGAAAAUGCAUAAGCCCAUAUUAGCAAAACAUUUAGGACGUUAAAGAUUACUAAUCACUGUUAAUAGGAAUGUGUGUUUAUUUCAUAAUCAAUUUAAGUUACUUUAUGAGUGGCCAGUAUAUUUGAAAAUGUAAUUUUCUGUAUUUGUAAAUAUAGUUUGGACUUCACCUGUAAAGUCAGUGCCAUCAUCACCUCCCUUUUGUAAAGUGAUAUUCUGUUUUUGCUAGGCAGCGGUUUUGUGUGGGAUACUGUAAAGUAACUCAACUUAACCGGUAAUGAGCAGUUAUUGCUGUUAGCUCGUUAGAACUGAAUCUUAAGGUUUGGUUGAUGCUGUUUUCAAACUGAAUGUAUUAUGCAAAUAACAAUAAAAUGACACUACUUAAA